CCUCCUCCUCCGCUCAAACCAAUUCUUUUUUCCCUGAUCUGCUAACAACUCCUUAGUCCUUCUUUCAAUCUCCCUUGAUUUCCUCAUCUCCAACCUCUCCUAUCCUCCUUUUCCCUGCUUUCAAACAUAAAAAAGAGCAAUCUUUCCAUGGUUUUCAGGUCCAACAACCUCUAAAACAACCGCAAAAGAAAGCAAGAAGAAUAAAAAUCUCACCUUUCAUUCUUCCUUACUACUACUUCAUCUGAAACAAGAUCAAGAUCAUGUGUGAUUACUUCUGGCAAAGGAUGGAGAAAGGCCAGGGAGAUCUCACCGACAUCUUUCAAGGAAGCGGUCUUGCCGGCCCGGUGUCGACGUCCGCCGACAUCCCGACCAUCACCACUGAUACCUCCUGGCAGCCGCAUCUAGAUCCGGCAGCAACCAUACCGUCGUCGACUGACGGUUUUCAGGAAAACUUCACCGGCAUCAAAGAUCCGAUGUUGCACGAGUUAGUGGGAACGGGAUUCUUUGGCUAUACGGAGAAGCUCGCUGAAAGUAUGGCUAUAGCGGUGGUCAAGCAGCCGCCGCUUGCAGGACUCACUGAUGCGGGGAAGAUUGGCGGCGGUGUGGCCAUCCCUGUGCCGCGAACGCAGGGAAUCAAGAGAAGGAAAAACCAGGCGAGGAAGGUGGUUUGCAUACCAGCACCAGCGGCGGCAAGCAACAAGCCCGGUGGAGAGGUGGUGCCUUCUGAUUUAUGGGCUUGGAGGAAGUAUGGACAGAAGCCAAUCAAAGGCUCUCCUUAUCCAAGAGGUUAUUACAGAUGCAGCAGCUCCAAAGGAUGCUCGGCAAGAAAACAAGUAGAGCGUAGCCGAACAGAUCCCAACAUGUUAGUCAUCACGUACACCUCAGACCACAAUCAUCCAUGGCCUACUCAAAGAAACGCUCUUGCUGGAUCUACAAGAUCUCAAUGUAAUUCAAAAAACAACAAUAAUGCGUCCUCUUCAAAGACUUCUUCUACUGACCAAAAGCUUGUUCCAGUUGAAAAUGUAUCAACUAGAGAAGAAGAGGAGGAAGAAGAACAAGAAGUAGAAGAAGAAGAAGAAGCACAAGGGAGUCCUAUAAGCUCAAGUCUCCCAUUAGUAAAAGAAAGUGAGAACAAUACUUUGCCUGAACAUUUUCAUCAUGAUUUUAACCAGGGAAUCCAUAAAAGCUUCAAUGAGCUGGAGCCUGACGAUUUCUUUGCUGAUUUGGCUGUACUGGAAGCUAGUACAAUGAGUCUUGAUGGGGAGAAGAGCAACAACAAAGCCAUGGAUCCCUUUAAUAUGUUUGGUUGGGAUGGAGGGAACUCAUCCUAGAUAGUUAUGACAAGAAAUCUUAAGGGAAAUAUUAUAGAUACAAAAUAACAUGUAUUUUACUCAAAAAACACAAGCUUUUCAUUAAUUUCUUCAUGGCCUGGCUAUCGAUAUAUACUUUCAUAAUUAUUAUUUAUAAUUGUGUUAUUGUGUUCUAGCUAGGCCUUGUGCUGAGUUUUUCUUCUUGUUAUUAGGAAGAGAACUCUGAAAGUUUGCUAUAGUGAAGAAGAGAGGGGACAGAAGCUGCAAAACAGAAGUUUUAUAAAGUUAGGGCAAGUACAUGCAUGAUGCAGGCGUGAGUUGUGGCUGAAAAACCUGACAAAGGAAGUAUAUGACUAUACUGCUUAUAUUUGCUGUUGAAUUUUGCGUGGCCAGAGACAAGAAGAUAAA